AUGACUACUGUGAGAGCAUUAAUUGGUAUUGCAGCAAAGAAGAAUUGGGAUGUUUUUCAACUUGAUGUGAACAAUACUUUUCUACAUGGAGACCUAAAUGAAGAAGUGUACAUGCAAGUACCAUCAGGGCUAUUAGUAGAAAACCAGAAUUUGGUGUGUAAACUAAACAAAUCCUUGUAUGGUUUGAAGCAAGCAAGUAGACAGUGGUAUGCUAAGUUGACAGAGGCCCUAUGCUUUAAAGGAUAUGUGCAUUCUAUGCUAGACUAUUCUCUUUUCUACAAGAAGGAGGGUAAAUCAAUUAUUUUUGUAGUAGUAAAUGUGGAUGAUGUCCUCUUAACAAGAACAGAUUUGGAAGAAAUCAAGGCAUUGAAGUCUUUCCUACAUGAGACUUUUAAAAUAAAGGAUCUGGGAAGACUACACUAUUUCCUAGGACUGGAGAUACUGUACAAACAUGAUGGAGCAAUAGUCACACAAAGAAAGUUCACAAAUGAUCUUUUAAAGGAGUUUGAAUUCUCACACUACACUCCCAUGGCCUCUCCACUUGAUCCCUCAACAAAGUUGAAAGCCACUGAAGGUACCCUACUCACAGACCCCACUCAAUACAGAAAGCUGGUGGGAAAAUUGAACUUCCUCUCCAACACACGACUUGAUAUUACCUACAGUGUCCAACAUCUAAGUCAGUGCAUGCAAAGUCCUCGAGUCUCUCACCUCAAAGUUGCCAUGCAUGUACUCGGAUAUUUGAAAAGUGACCCUGGUAUGGGGAUUUUUUUGUCGAACAAUGGAGAUUAUAGAUUAAGAGAUUUCUGUGAUUCAGAUUGGGCAGCUUGCCCUGAGACUAGAAAAUCAGUUAGCAGUUAUAUUGUAUUACUUGGAGACAAUCCAAUUAGUUGGAAAUCGAAGAAACAGUCCACUGUGUCACUGAGCUCUGCAGAGGCAAAGUAUAGGUCUGCAAGAAAGGUAGUUGCAGAGCUUGUUUGGUUGUCUAAGCUUUUGGGGGAACUAACUGUACCCUUGAGUCUUCCCAUUCCAGUAUAUUGUGACAAUCAAGCAGCCCUGCACAUCGCCAAAAAUCCAGUGUUUCUUGAACGAACAAAAAACAUAGAGAUCGACUGCCAUUUUGUAAAGGAUAAGGUCAUUGAAGGAUUGAUCUCCCUACACUAUGUCCAUACAAACAACCAGCUCGCAGAUAUACUCACCAAAUCCCUGACAGGCAUCAAACAUUCGUCACUGCUUCACAAGUUGGAAAUGAAUACCUCCCUUCCAACUUGA